UACCGAGAGAACCGGUCAAACCGUAUAAUCUACCCGUGUAGUCGCCUGUCUCCGCCGUGUUGAGCUGUUAGCUGAGCCUCAGGGCUUCGAGGGAGAACAAGCUAGCUAGCGAGCUAACAUUAGCUGGUUAGCCAUAGCACUCCGGGUGGUGGUGGGUACCAUAGCAACGGUUUAGGAAACAUUGGAAGUGGUGCUAGCUAGCUAAGCUCGCCCAGGCCGAGGGCGGUCAGAUUUGUGUGAGGUCGCCGCAAGUUAGUGUUAUCAACCUUGUGUCAUUGUCCAUAUUACGUAGCUGUUACUUUGCUCCGCGCUUUUUAAUGAGCUGUCAAGGAUGGCAGACAGCUGGUGUUGAGUUGAGCUAACUUGGCUAACGGUAAUUUCCAUCACAUGCGAGUAAGCUAAUGUUAGCCACCUAGGCCGACCCGUAAACUUUGCCUCAUCGCCACCAUGUAUUAAAGCUCCCUUUCUGUUUUACCAACUGGAUUUCAGACCAGUUCGCCUCGGAUGAGUCAGAUGUUAGAUUAGCUCACCACUUGUGUAUUUUCUCAGUGUUGUCAUGAGUCAUCCUAAUUGUUACAGAGUCAAUCAGCUGUUAUGUCGCUGUUAAGGUUAAAGUUGGCGCUAUCUUAGCUGCUAGUUAACUAUUUGCUGGUAUAUUGAAUACAACUAGUUAAAUAGCAUCGGUUUAUCUUCCGCUCAUUUAUUGUUGGAGAGUUAAUCUCGAGAUCCACGGCCUUGGGUAAACUGCGCCGACAAGUUAACGGUAGUUUGCUAACAUUCAAGCUAACUGUUGAUGUUUUGUGUGUUUUUGGGCAAUGGAAGUUAUCGAUGUGAACCAGGGCUUUUCAUUUGAUAACAUGAUCUUAAACUGCACCUAUAACAGUUACUACUGCAUGAUGAGUUUACACAGAUAUGAUCAUGUUCAGUUAUGUUUGAAGGAAUUUGUGUGAGAGAUAAUUCAGUUUGAUCUCACCCUCUGACAUAGCUGUCAUUUCAGUAUUCUGCUUGAACUAGUAUGGAUGGUGAUGACUGCAAUGGCCGGUCUUAUAUAUCAGCCAGUGGAGACUCUUCAUUGGAACGAGAGUUCUCUGGGGCCCUCGGAGGUCCAACAGUGAGCACCCCGAACAGCAAGGAGACCUCUCCUAGUCGCUCCCUUAGUGCCAACUCCAUUAAAGUGGAGUUGUACAGCGAUGAAGACCCAGGUCGCAGUACGGAAGAUGAAAGAGGGGAGCGUGUAGAAGAGGGAGGGUCAGAGCAGGGAUCUGAGGCUGCCGGAGGCUACAGGGAGCUCACCAAUCCAGAAACCAUGCCAGCUGGAGCCACCCGGCUGCCAAAUGGAAAGCUCAAGUGUGAUAUCUGUGGAAUGAUCUGCAUCGGGCCUAAUGUUCUCAUGGUACACAAGCGCAGCCAUACAGGUGAGCGGCCAUUCCAGUGCAAUCAGUGUGGGGCCUCCUUCACUCAAAAGGGUAACCUACUCCGACACAUCAAGCUGCACUCAGGGGAGAAGCCCUUUAAGUGUCCCUUCUGCAGCUAUGCCUGUCGAAGACGAGAUGCAUUGACCGGCCACCUUCGCACUCAUGCAGUGUCAUCUCCAACUGUAGGGAAGCCGUAUAAGUGCAGUUACUGUGGCCGUAGUUACAAACAGCAGAGCACCCUGGAGGAGCAUCGUGAGCGUUGCCACAGCUACUUACAGAGUCUGGAGUCAAAGCAGCUAUCCAGUGCACAGAAUCCAGGACAGAAGCACAUACGACUCAACCUUGGAGAUGCACCUUAUGAGCUCCGUGCUGGUUUGGAUAAAGAUGGGGCGAUGCAAACAGGAGACCUUGAAGCUCCGCACUUUACUAGUUUGGGAGGAGAAUACACAGGCAUUGCAGGUCAUGGAGGAGGGGUAUCGGAGACCCUGAGGCCUCUUCACCUUCCCACCACUCAUCCCUCAUGUCUGCAAGAACUCAGGGGGAUCCACAGUUCCUCUCGCACCACCGUUGCACUUGGUCCGAGGCUGGAUUGUACAGGGACAGGAACUGGGCUGGGAGCUGGUGUAGGGGGAAGGGAGGCAGCAGAGGGUCAUGAAGACCUGCCCGUUGGUCGUAGUCAUGCGCCCUCACCUAGCAAUGGUUGCCAGGACUCUACAGACACAGAGAGUAUGGCAGAUGAGCCAUGCAUCAGUACUGCUCUGACUCAAACCCUGCACAGUAACAAUGGCCAUCAUCUCCUCUACUCGAACAACCAUAACCCAGUGCCUCCCCCCAUUGCACACCACAGGAGUCGAGACAGACAUAGCCCCAGCCACGCCAAAGAAAGUGAGGUGGAAAGAGAGGAUGGAGGCAACUCUGCCCCACCACCUACUGCCCUAGCUGCAACUCCCAGCUCACCUACGGCGCCCUCCUCCACUUCCAGGGAGGCAUUUCGGGUUGUAGACGGGGAAGGGCGGGCUGUGCGCUCUUUUCGUUGCGAGCACUGCCGUGUGCUUUUCCUGGACCAUGUCAUGUUUACCAUCCACAUGGGUUGCCACGGUUUUCGCCAGCCUUUUGAGUGUAACAUCUGUGGCCACCGUAGCCAGGACCGCUAUGAAUUUUCUUCUCACAUCGUCCGUGGAGAGCACCUCCUUGACUGAGGAUAAAGGGUGAACAACAUGCUUCACGUAGAGAUAUUUUUACACUGAGACAAGGACCUGGCUGGGUUUGGUCUGCACACGAGCUCAAGGGGCACUGAUGAUAUGAAGAGGCACUGGUACAGUAAGUAUGUACCAGCAGUAAUAGAAACGUCAUCUGCAUGUUUCUAAAUUAUGAUAGUGAUCCUUAUUAUUUUUGUUGCACAACAAAUCCAUUUAAAAUGCACUUUUAAGUAAAUGUAUUCAAAGUAGAGCUGACGCACUUUUACAUCCCCAGAUGUGCCUUGCUCCAAACCAAACUCCAAACCUGAUCCACAGAUUCUAGUCGACAAAUCAGACUUUUGUCCAUAACAUGAAAACUUUACCCUCUUGAGCACUUUAACAGAAAAACCAUUUAAAACGAGUGUGAAGUUAGUAGGCUUGCAUACAAUUGAAUCUGUAGAGUUUUGAACACCUUGUUUUACAAGCAUUUUCAUUUAAAUGAUUCCCCAACAAACAUUAUGUGCUGCAAAGUUGUUUUUCAAUUUGGGGUUGAUAAUGUACAAUGGAUCGCUUUUUGAAAUGCAAAGUCAGGUGCAGACCAAACUCAAAAACCAGGUCCAAGCUGAAUGGGUGUGUUGGAGGAGUUGUCCAUGAUUUAGAAAUGCACUUUUGUUUUUGAUGGGAGUUUUGGAUUGACAGGUGUGUACGUGUGCGCGUGUGUGUGUGUGUGUGUGUGAGGACGAGAGAGACCCGUGUUUAUGGACGUCAAUUGAACAAGUAAGUGGAAAAAUGAAGGCCUUUAUUUGUGUGGAUGCUGACUGGGGUGGUGUGAAAUAUUUUUUCUUCUUUUCUAUGACUGCUUUUGUUGCACUGAUACCUGCCAGAAUACUAUGAUUAUAUUAAAAUAUUUUGUAGAAUAUAUUAAUGACCUGCACAUUUCUCUCAAAUUUGAAGAAAAACUGUUGGACUGUUUUUCUCUCUAGGAAAGGAAAGUAUCACUGCCACAAUUUUGGAGAAUACUCAAAAGAGGUUAUAGGGUCUUUACACAUCCCCCAAAUUGUCCCUUUCAUCAAACCAUUAAACUGCAAACCAAUACUUAUCAUUUAAUUUGACAUUUAAACAUGACCUUGUUGUUGUUGCUAUCUCAUUGUAUUGUGCCUUUCGUCACCCUGAUCCCACCUCGACCAGACUGAAAAACGCGAGCUACCAAGUCUUAUAUAUAAUACAAUUAUUGUGGGUGAUGUUAGAGAUAAUGAGUUACAAAAUUAUUUAAGCAUUCAUAGACACUGUAAAGUCUAUGGAUGAUGGCAGGGAUUGAUCUUUAUUAGUGUCUGCAAAGAAAAAAUUCUGCUAAUUUAUCAAAGACUAAAUGUACAUGACAUUUGGCACAUGCUGCUAUGACAUGAAUGGGUGCACUGAAGCAGUGCACUACCAACCUCACAGGUUUAAUAGAAAAAGGUUUGUUUGUGAACACAUUUCAGUCUACAGAGUUACCAGGGCACUGGUCAAGAAGUUGUCCUGUCUUGGUAAAAUUGUUCAGAAAUGAAAAAAGUACGUCAAGAGAAAUGUGUCAGUCGGCUCGUGGUUCUGGCUGUUUACAUGUUAAAACAACAGACAUAGUUGUUUCAGCUGCUUCUCAUUGAUAUUUCACUUUUCUCACUUAAAGCACAAAACAUUGUACUGCCCAGCAGGCCAAGUUGUUAAGUCUACAUUACAGAAUUAGACGAAAAAAUUAAUACCAGUUUGUGUUGAUGAAUAGGACAUUUGUAGAGGAGACCGAUCUCCAUAUGCUUCAUUAUGAAUAACCUCAUUCAAAAAGGCUUAAAAAAAUGCUGGCAAUUGUCAAAACCAUCAGCUGACUUGAUCGCAUUAAGUUUAAUGUGGCACAGAAAAUGGCUUAUUGAAAUAAAUGUCCCCCUAAUAGUUAUAUAAACUGAUACUUCAUAAAAGUCUUUUCAGUUUCAAUGAAUCUUUUGCAGGCUAAACAGAAACCACCGCACCUUUCGGCUCUAACUGGUUGGUUCUGUCAUGUAAUGGGUUGAAAAGUUUAUGGAUUUUCCUAUUUUUAAGUAGUGGUGUAAAUGUACAGAAACUCCCAAAUAGUUUUUUUUAUUGAGGAGAGGAAUAAAAAAAUAAUUUUCUCAUAAUUUAUGUGGUUCUACAUUGCACUUUUCCCUAUUACAGUGGCAGAAUGAAAACUUAAAUGAACUGGCUUGUUAAGAAGAAGCUACAAGGUAAAAAAAACAUUUUCAUUGCUCUGUAAGAAAAACAAUGUAGAUGUUAAAGUCACUUGUUGGCACAAUGUGGAUUUUUUUCACAAGGUAUUUUAUCACAGAAUCCUAAAUAGGUGGUGAAAAUGCUUUUGCCCAAAGUUAGUUUCAUUAAAAAUCAGAGUAUCUUGCCUUAAUAUAUGAAUACAGACUGUUAGGUCAAUUGAACAUCACAGAAUAUUGAAUUGUGCUUUUCUGCAACCUGGAUUUAUUGUGACAUAAAUGUAAGUGAUCUGACACCAAAGUUAUCAAUGCAAAUUGCUGCAAUUGUUACAUAGUUUACAUGGGCAAACAUGCUUUGACUGAUCACAUACAUCUUACACCCUGCUUUACUAUGUGAAGUCCCCUGAAGAAGUAUCCGAUUCCUUUUGUCUUUGUUGUUCUCUGAAGAAGUUUGUUUUUAAGAUCAAAAUGAGUGAAUAUGAAAAGAGUUCAGAAUUUCAGCUUUUAUUUCUUGGUAUUUCCAAGUGGUUCAACAUGUAAACAACAUACAGUAGAACCUUUUUGUGUCAGACCGCCCAGAUUUUAGGUGAACAAAAGCAUCUCAGCUUCAGAUUGGCUUGCUUUUCUUCCACUGACAGCUCUCUGGUCAGCCAUCGUGUUGGUGAAUCCCUUUUAACAACAAAUGUCUUCACAGGUGAAACCCAUGGCCAUUUAAUGUUUGAACAAUCAGUCUAAAAGGCAACUUCUCUGCACAGAAAAAGCACCUCGUCACAUGUUUACGAGAAUCAAAUUUAUACUCACUUGAAAAAUGGGUGGAUCCAAACAAAAGGUGUUUAACAUCUAAAUGUAAAUACCAGGAAUUAAAAGCUGAAAUUCUGAACUCUAAUCUUAAACCCUUAUUGAUAAAAAACAAACUGGGUUUUCCAAUACUUUGAGGAGAUGGUGAAUUCUGAUUCAGGAAACAACUUGUCUCGAAAGAAAGAAAAUGUAAUAGUGAUUGUUCUCAAGUUGGUGUAUUGUAUGUAGUAAAUUUUGGCUAUUGUGCCUUUGGCCUGAGGUAUUGUUUUUAUUGUAUAGUUUAAAAUGCUCAGUUGAAGCAUGCAAGUGCAAAUUUGACUUUGUUAAUUCCACAGUGCAAGUACUGCACAGUAUUUUGGCUCUUUGAAAUUUUUAUACACCAUGUGUAGAAUACACCUAAAACCCUAGCCAGAACCUUUUUUUCAUUUUUACAACCAGAUCCUCCAGAAUAACUUUGGUGAUGCUGGCAGCUAGGAGCCAAAGAUGAGGAGCCAACUUUAAGAGAAAAAAAAAAAUGUACAGCUCCCUGAACACCUGAGCCAUUAUGUUGGACUGUGACAAAUGCAGAAGAAAAAUGGCAAAUUAAAAGAAAAGCUUGACUAUGCUAAUCUCCUGUAAAUGGUUUUUAAGUUCCGCAAAGAUGGUUCAAAUUAAUUACCCAACUGCCCUCGUUCCCUUCACAAAGUUGUGAGUCUGGACUUCUUUGAUGUAUUUGUGUGCUACACUGGGCAGAACUGUGCUAAUGUGCUUCUAAACCUGAUGCAUGUGGUACCAAUGCUGUUUGCUCCUCAACCUUCACCACGAAAACCCCCGUCUCGGUGGAAAACCAAAUAAACUGCUCCAAUUCAAGACUGUACUAAAGAGACUAAUGCUAGUUUUGUGGUAAUUGUGUUUAAAUGUUUUCCUUGUUGCACUAUUUGCUCCCUUCAGUCUUACUCUUUAACAUUCCCCUCCUGUAAUGGUCUGAUAUUGCUUUUAGUAACUGCAGCCUUUCCAAAUGUAUCAUAAUGUAAUUAUGCAUUUGAUCUUAAACUUUAAACUACUGUAAGUUUUGUACUGUAAGAGUCUAUUCCAAAUAAAAUACUUGACAGGC